AUGGUGCUGGAAAUUGUCCCAGACUACCUUGUCCUUCUCCCAAACAACUUGAUCGUUCUCUUCAGCUUGAUAUCUUUGUAUUGGGUUGGCUACUCCAUAUACUCCGUCUUCUUUCAUCAUUACUCCGAAAUCCCAGGCCCGUUCUGGGCAAAGGUGUCGAGAUUAUGGCUGGCCAAGCAGGUUAUUUCUGGAACAGUCGACCAGACCCAACGAUAUUUGCAUGCAAAAGAUGGCUCUAUCGUUCGAAUUGCCCCCAAUGAGGUCAGCAUCUCGGGCCCCGACGCCAUCAAGACCAUCUACGCCGUCAAGAAUGCCUUCUCCAAGACCGACUUUUACACGCCAUUCGCACCCCAUCUACGCCGCUUCGUCAACAACAUCUACUCCCUCAAGAGCGUCCUUGAGUCAGAACCCUUCAUCGACCAGGUCACCGCCGUCUUUAGGACGCGACUAGAUGAGUUCGCUAUGUCGGGGCAGAUUAUUGACAUUGGCCUCUGGCUACAGAUGUAUGACUUUGACGUCGUCGGAGAGCUCUUCUACGGGAAACAGUUUGGCUUCCUCAAGAAUAGUCACGAUUACGAGAACUACAUCGACUCGUUGGACGCGCUGCUUCACGCCCUGUCGACCAUCUGUGUGCUUCCCGCGUACGUCCGGCCUCUGCAGGUUUUUGGUUCUCUUGUGCCACAGAUUCGAAUGGGAAAGACGUGCUAUGACAAGAUCCUUCUCGCUGCAAAGACUGACAUUCUUGACAAAAUGUUCCAGCUCUCCGCUGAAAAGGAAGAUUUCUCCAUCCCAGACAUCGAGACUGAAGCUUGGGUAUCCAUCUUUGCAGGUUCAGACACGACGUCGAUCGCAACACGCUCUAUCCUCUAUCACUUGCUGAUGACCCCCAACGCAUUUGCAAAGCUCAUCAAUGAAGUGGACAAUGCUUUUGCAGACGCAUGUUGCAAGGAGGGUUUCAGGGUUCAUCCAAGUAUCGAAAUGUUCAUGCCUCGACAUGUUUCUGAGCCUGGAGCUACCAUCUGUGACCGAUACUUUGCGCCGGGCUAUCGCGUAGGCAUGAGUGCUGCGGUUGUUCACUGGGACAAGAGCAUCUUUGGCCAACACGCUGACGUCUAUAACCCGGAUCGAUGGAUGCGGCCUGAAGGUAAGGACAUGGAACGUUAUCUCUUGCACUUUGGAGCUGGCACUCGGACAUGUAUUGGAAAAAAUAUUGCCCUGGCUGAGAUAUACAAGUUGAUCCCGGACCUGGUUCGCCGUUACCGAUUCGAGGUCAUCGAGCCUGAGAAGGUACAGAAACAUAGCUUUUGGUUCUUCAAGCAGACGGGAUUCAAUGUUAGGGUACAUCGACGAGAGGGAGUGAAGGAGGGUCUCUUGGUUCAGUAG